GGAAAUGGAACCACCAUCGAAACUAAUCAAUAAAAAGAACUUAGAAUACUGGAAUCAAAUGAGUCAGUCUCAAUUCAGCUUUCUAGUUGGAGGAACGAUUCAGACACGAGAAGAAGAAAAGAAGUAUUCUAUUAAUAAUGAGGUGAUAGUAGCUAUUGAAGAGUCUCAGCAGAAUCUCGACCAGAAAGAAAUCAGGACUUUAUUAGCAAGAGUUGAGCAAUAUGGCUUGAAUAAUAUGACAGAUUUUGAACAAUUGAAGAGAAAUAUGACUGAAAUAUUUAUGAAUUUUUUCUCUCUUUCUAGCAGUCUCAAAGAUAUCCAAGCCUCAGCCUCUGUUUUUGAUUUAAAAGAAGUGAUUAAUUUCAAGAGAUGCUUAGAAAAAUGGGCUAUAGCUACUGAUGAGAGGCUUUUUGAUAAUAUUUUAAGACUCUUUUGCAAGUUUAGCCAUAAGCUAUUGCCAAAUGAUGGCGAUGCAGAGGAACCUCAAUUUAUGACAGUAAAAGUGCUUGUUCAUAUACUAGCUGCUCUGAGCAGUCGGGACAAAUCUUUAUUUCCAACCUCAUUACUGUAUCAUGAGAAUUCUGAAGAAGAGAGUCAUCAGCUUUAUAAAUCUCUGAAGAAAAUUUCCUCUGUGGUCAAGAAAUAUUUUAGUAUUGACGAGCUUCUAAUCUUGUCAUUGUGGAAUAAGGGAAAUUCAUGGGAUCUCAAGAGGCUCAUAAUCCAAAAUCCUGUUAUUUUUGAGCUAUACCUACAAACUCUCAUGCAGUGGAUUGCAGAAAAUGUGGAAGAUAAUCAGUCCUUGAUUUAUAAGCGGCUUGGUGACCUCUUUUUGUUGAUUUCUGACAAAACAUAUCCGGAAAAUAGUGUAAUCAUUGGUGAAUCCCGAUCUUUAUUUGACUUGUUUCAUUGCUUACUGCAAGUGCCAGAUCAAGUAGAUGGAGAUGAGCUGAAUGACUUUAAAAGUAGGGUGCAGAUAAUGGAGGAAUGGGGGUCUAGAAUUCUCUCAGCUACCGCCAUGGCAUAUCGCAAGCAUUGAAACAGCUCAAUUAUUCAAAAAUACCUUCAAAUCCUUCCUGAUAUUUGAGACAAAUUAAUAAACUUGAACUGAAGGCUUGAGAUUGUGAAAAUUCUUAAGCAUUUCAUGAAAUUCUUGCAGAGGCUAUUCUUGUCCGAGAAGAAUAUAGACAGCUUGGAGGUUAUCAAAAUUAACACUCUUGAUUCUCUAAACACAGAUUUUCACAAUCCAGGGUUCGAUCUGACAUUUUCUGAAGAGAGAAUUGUAUUUCGAGGGCUUUUCAGAAUAGAUCAAGAUUCUCCAAAAAUUCAGUCUCUGUUUUGUCUCCGUAGAGGAAGGUUGUCAAUAACAUGCAUAUUCAUGGAACAGGAAGUCGUUGAAGAGAAAACCCACUUCUUUUGUAAGACAGACAAAGGAAGGUUAAUUAUUAUCCCUUGCCCAGCAGAGAGCUAUCACGAGUGGGUCAAUCUUGAAGUUCAAAUCAAAAAUUCAGACGAGUGCUAUCUCACCUACCUUGAGAACCUUAACUCUCCGGCUAAGUCUACAUCAUUGAAAUCAGUCGUUAAGAAGAACAACUGGGACCAUCUCAGCCUAGAGGAUUACUUGCAUGAGAAAGAAGAAAAAUUAGUACUUUUCCCUUACUUUAAGGGUCAAAUCGCUCUAGUUCAAAUUUACGACCAGGUUAAAGUAACGAAAUCGAAGAACUUCAUGCAGAAAAUGUUCAGGAAGAGAGCUGCCUCCAUGGAGGUUAGCAAUAGCAUUCUAUAUGAGAGAUACACUGCACUUGAUCCUCAAUAUUCUGAUAAUUAUCAGAUAUUUUUGAACAAAAAUCUGCUAGAAAAUUCAAGAAGGGAUUCAGAUAAGAGACUUCAAGUUUAUCCUCGGAAUGCACAUAGGUACACCAAAAAUCUUCCUGAAAACACUGUGAAUGUGGCCAUGAACCCUAGCUGGAACAGCAUAAUGGCUGCGGAAGGACUUGAGAUUAUUUGGCCUCUGACAGAUCACCUGUUACUAUUCCCUGGGGAAAGAUUUGAGAGUCUUCACAAGGAUAUUUUCCUGCUGAUUAAAAUUUUUAACGAAUCUUGAACUCUAUUUCCUGAUUACAAGCAGUAUCAUAUGGAAAAACUGCACACAGAUUCUAAAAUUGAGGCUUAUUACAGGCGAUACCUGACUAUUGAGAAGAAGUCCAUUUGUCAACCCUUUAACUCAGAAUACUCUCUCGAAUAUAUGUUCUUAGGGCCGUUUCCAGUGCCCCUCAUGCUUGAUUUGUCAACAAGAUUCCAAAAUACUGUUGUUGAUGAUCACAAGAAUGCUCCUCAAGAGGGUAAAGAAUUUAGCACUAAAGCCAUCAAUAAUCCCUCCUUCGGUAAAUUCGAGCAUUUUGAAAAGAAUGAAGAUGAGGAAGCCAAGUUUUUGUACAGGGAAAUACUCAAGGAAAUCCUUGGAUUUGAGCCUCAGGCUAAAAAUCCAAGUGAAUUUAGCCCAGAUCUUAAUAAGUCAAUUGAGUAUGAAGACUAUAAGGUGGAUGAAGAGGAUCCUUUUGAGUCUAGUUAUGAGUUUAAUGAUGACCAAAAGUGUAAACUCGAGCGAUCUAUAACUCUCAUUGGAUAUCUAUUUGAUUUAUACUUCAAAAAGUCAGAGUAUGGAGUGUGCUUUCGGUAUAUUUGCCAGGCUCUUCUGAACCCUAGUGAGGAUUACUCCCAAUAUGAGUCGAAAAUAGUUGCUUCGAAGUCAAAUUUCUUAUGACAAUACAUACUUUCUCUGAUCGAGUACUAUAUUCAAGAAGUGGACUACUCAAAAUACCAGGCAGAAUCAUCUAAAUUUAAGAAAAUGUCUACACAAGAGUGAUACAUCCAGAUUCUUGAAAUAAUUGACUUCCGGAAAGACGACUAUAGCUAUAAUGUAGCAAUGCUUUGUGACUGUGAGAGAAACUGUAUUUUGACAAGCCAACAGCUGAGUUACAAGUUUGAUCCAGCUUUAAAAGGCUAUCAAGGGGUUUUAAAAGUCUAUAGCGUUAUUUAUAAGAUCUUCCAGAGUGUUACUACGAAAAAGAGGAGGAAAUAAAGUCAUUAAAAGGCCCACAGAGAGACCGAAUAAUAAUAAAAUAGAUAAUCUAGGAGCUUCAAAUAGCUUUAAUCAAAAGUCUAAUAAUAAACUGAAGAGAGCAGAAAAGUAUAGGUCACCCAAGCCUAAGACUAGCAGUCUUGUACCAACUCAAGAGCUGAUUAGGCUUGAUUCCUUAAGGGGAAAAAGUCCAGUAAAGCUUGAUUCUGAUUACUAUACAACUCUGACAGUAAACAAAUCAGUCAGGAAUAAUCAAUCAAAGAAGCAACCUGGCAGUGAGAUUUUCUGGGGAAAGAUAAUUUACUAUCUCUCUGUUCUGAAGCAUAAGCUUGCUACACAGCAUGGUGAAGAGUUAAACGAGAUGUACUCUAGCCCUUCUGAGCCUACCAAAGAUCCAAGUAUCACUAAAAAUAUCAAUCUUCCAACAUUAGAUGAGAACUUUGCCCUGUUCAAGUUCUUGAACAUCAGAGCAUUCUUGAGCUACAUCUCAACAAAAGUUGGAAAAAGUCACUGUAUUGAGCUCACAGUUGAAGAAUUUGAAGAAAUUUUUGAAUAUAACAGCUACUCCUUGUUAAUGCCAGAAUCAGAUGAGGAUCUUGAUUUUGUAAGAAAUGAUGACAAGGGUUUGAAAUAAACUACUUAAUUCAAUAGCUUUGCUUAAGCAAAUAUUCCCUCUUCUUACAAAGUGGUCUCAGCUACAGCUUAUAAAGUCUGAUUUUAUUUGAUACAUACUGGAAGCUCCAGUCAGGCAUGUGAGAGGCCUUCUCCUUCUAUUCGACAGCGGAUAUUUUAGCCUCAACUACAUCCUGAGAAAGACAAAGCAGUUUAUCGAGAAGGAUGAAAGCUCCGUAGACGAAAUCCUCCAGCUGUUGUACGUAUACGAAGACUUUUUAUUGAAGCAUUUUCCAAAAAUAUAUUCCAGGCAUGAACAUCUGUGUAUCAAUGUGCAUAAAAUGAGGAGGAAGCAUUCAAAAUCAUCAUUUAAUAAGUCAAUUAAUACCAAGAAAACUUACAAAAACCCCUCAAUGAAGGAAUCUUAUGACUCUUCAUUCUAUGAUAGCCAAUAUGACAUUAGCGGUGGGUGUAAAGAUUGCUAUGGGCGAAAGAAGUAUCGGCAAAUCGCAAGGGAAAUCUUAAUGCUACUCGUACUUUAUUUGGAUAAAAGAGACCUUCUGUACCACACAUUUCCACCUCUGACCGAACCUACUCAAUUGAAUCCAAUGUGUGAGAAAAACAUGAAUUUACCUAGGAAUGGAGGCAUCUUCAGGAUCAUUAUUAAUUCUCUAACUUUACUCAUCGAGAGCAGAAAUCUUGAAAAAGAUGAAGAAAAUUCUGACCAAACCAAGAAAAACAAUAAAUCAAUCAUCGGAUCUCAUAUAAGGAAAAAUUCUUUACAGUGCAGUAACGAUGGUAGCGUCUCUUCGGAUAGCAACGAUAAUGAGUUCAUCAUCCCUAUACAUUGCAGCAAACAAGUUGAUUUUAUUGCGAAACCAGCUCAGACAUCUCCUGGAAAAGAUUCUUUAAGCGAAGAAGCAAAGCAAGAGAAAUUGGAAGAAACCCAAGUCAUCUCUAUUGAGAACAAAGCGCUUAUAUUCCAUAUCCUUCACUAUGUCUUAUGGAGGAAAGAGUCAACAUUUUCAGUGCUUUUAAAGAAGAUUGAUCCCGAAUCUGAUAUCUAUAAAAUAUUUGCAGCCUAUCAAUUAUCUCAAGCAUAUGUAUCUAAAGAAAACUGGAAUAUUUUUGACAUGGAUUUAUGAGAUAGUGAUGAAGAGAAGAACCUGAAGAAACAGUUCUUGUGAAGCAUCCCAAACCCAUCAAUAUGCUUGCUAAAUUCAUCAGAAUUCGUCCCUUGAUAUCUCAUAAAUUUCUUGAUUUAUUGUCUGAUUAAAUAUAACUCAAAGCAGAAGUAUUAUUCAAAGGAGAACGAUACAAAGUUUAUCCGUUUGACAACCAAGUCAUUCUCAUUUGUCUAUGAAAUCAGAGAAAUUAUACGGAAUUAUGAGCUGUUAAGCCCGAACCAGUAUGUCUCCUUUUAUGAAUGCUUUGAAGAGUUUUUAUGAAAAUACUCUGUUGAAAUACCUAGAGGGAAAUAUUUUUCAGAGAGUCUGCCUCAGGAAACAAUGAAACAAGGAACUUACACAAGCGAUAAAAAAAACUUAAUCACCUCUACUCCGUUGAUAAUGAAGAAAGACCUUUCAGUAAUUCCUGAGGAAGCAUCCCCAAACAAGUCAGGUGCCAAAAAGUCACGCCAAAAAUACCUCCAAUUCGCCAAACUCUUCUCUCUAUGCUCCAAAAUGAACGAUAAAGUCUGCAGAGAGUCUAUCAAAAAAAUUUCCAACAGAAACAUCAAGGAGGACAUGACUGACUCAAAAUAUUUCGAAGAAUUUAAAAACCUGAUUGGCUUAAUCGACCAAAACAGGGUCCAUAAAAUCUACACUUCUUCAUGUUUUAGUAAAAUCAUUGAAUUUAUUAAGAAAAGUUUGAAGCUAGAGAAGGAUUUUGAAGAAAGUGAGCUCGAAAAGUUUAUGAAGACAUCCAAGAUAAGCAGUAUAGACCCCAACACGUUUAGGUAUGCACAGGAUAUAGAGGAGCUGAAAAUAUUCUACAAGCAGUUCUUGCAUGAGAGUAACGAUUUGUACUACAUGAGUGAGAUUACUUGAAAUCUUCAAGAUUUGUUAAAGAAAGAUGUGUAUUUGUAUGGUGCUUCACCCACGAACAUCUGGUUUAAUCAUAAGAUCAGAGAGAGAAUCCAGCAAGAGUAUAAAAAUACGCAGCAUAGUUUGAACCACGAUUGUUUUGGAGUGAAAGACAAAAAUUCUGUUGAGGAAGAUAUCGAAAUUCUUGAGAAUGUUAAUUUAAGACACAAAGUCAUUUCUCCAGCUAAAAGUAAAAAGGAGGAGAUUAAAGAAGAAAAGAAGGAACCUAAAAUUGCCGAAAAUCAAGGCAGUCAGAAAGGAAUACUUGACAUAAACUUAUUGGCUGAUUUAGAUGAUGACGAUGAAGAGCUAUUUGGCAGCCUUAAAAGCGAGACUAAAAUACCGAUUCAUCAGUAUUCUCACCUCCAAGACGCAGGACGAUUCAAAGAGAGACAGUUCAUGAAGAUAUCAGACUGAUAUCUGAAUGGCUGUUUUGAUAAAAUCUCUGAGUUUCAAGAUAUCCUCGGACGAAGAGUGAUGCUAGAUAUUGACUAUUCCUGCUUUGAUGAGUAUCUAAUUUUCCCCAAAGGAACGGACAAAUUAAGCCAGAAAUUGGAAGCUCUAUACCCAUAUUUAAAGCAAUCUUUUAUGGAAAAGCUGGCGCACCUAUCUUUAUCUGCUGAAGGACGAACACAAGGUGAGCAAAUUGACAUCAGCCAGAAAGCAGAGGAACUUAUAGCCAAGGAAAUUGAGAAAAGUCAAAUUUUAAAAUAGCAUUCUUGACGAUCAGCUCUCUGAUGAGGAAAGUUAUACAGACCAGAUUGAGAGAUGGAGUGACGACUUUGGUCUCUCUUUUGAUAUGAAAAAUACUUAUGAGAAGAAUCUUUAUAAAGAAUCAAAGAGAAUUCCCAAUCCUUCUAUUUCAAGGUUGAUAGAAGCGAAUAAAAUUCAGGAAGUCAUCAGAGACGAACUCUUAGAUCAAAUUUUUGAAAAAGCCAACCACUUCGAAUGAGAAUUGGUUGAAAAAGAAGGAGCAUACUGGGGUGAUAUUUACAUCCUCAAACAGUUUGGAAAGGAAGAUUUCAUCAGCCAAUCUGACCAACUUAUUGAAAGUCCUAAGGAGUACUAUCUGUACUACAAAAGCAAAAAUCUUCUUCUUGAAGAGAACAGAGAUAUUGACGAUAAAAGAUACAUAUUAAGAUCUUUCGAGCAACGAAAGGGAGAUAUUGAGAUUCUGAUCAGCCUCAAAAAUACAGAAAUUAUGAGGAAAAACUACUUGCUUAACCCAGUUGCAGUCGAGAUUUAUGAUAAAGACACAUGUAGGAUGUACUUUUUCAACUUCAUGCAUUACACAUUUGAUCAGGAGAAGGGAACCACUUCUUUACGAUUUGUAGACUAUAUUGAGAGCCAAGUUCCAAAUUUAAAGGUGAUUCAUUCUGCUAAAAAGGAAUUUGAGAAAAUGAAAUUUCGAGAGGCUUUUAAGGAAGGGAAAAUUGAUAAAUUUGAUUAUCUAAUGCUAGUAAAUAAAUAUGCAGACAGAUCAUUUAAUGCAUCUUUGUCGCAAUACCCUGUGGUUCCGUGGUUGAAUAUUGAAGACCCCAGAGACCAGAAAUUUACAUUUACAGAAAAUAAUUACGUUAGAAAGCUAGAUAAGAGUUUGUGCACAUAUACUGAGAGAAAGAGAAAAGAUGCUCUUAAGAGAUAUGAAGAGGGAAGUGAAGAUCUUGAAUAUGAUCGGUAUGGCGAGGCUCCAUAUCACCUCAAGCUUGGCUACUCUUCUGGUCUCAAUAUAAUUGCUCAUUUGGUUAGAGUAGAACCUUAUAGCUCUCUGUUUUUAUCCUUUGAUAAUUACAAAAUGGAAAAUCCUGACAGAAUGGUCUCAGAUAUUCAAAUAGAAUGGAAUAAAUUAUUCACCACAGAUCAGUGGAAUAUGGAAGCCAUUCCAGAGAUGUUUUACAUGCCAAGGAUCUUCAUGAACAAAAAUUUAUACUACUUUGGAGAGAAGGAAACAUCUGAGUCCACGAAGACACCAGUGUGUGACGUCAAGGUGAACAUAAAAUCAAACCUUUACUUCCUUUACUGUAUGUACCUUAGGAGAGCUCUCAGAGAUGACAACAUUUCCAGCAACUUGAAUGUCUGGAUCGACCUCAUUUUUGGCAAGAAGCAGCAGGAUAAAAAGAGCCUAAAUGUGUUUUAUGAGCUAGCUUCAUCAAAAUACUAUGAAAAAGCUAGAAAGAACUUAUCAGAUGAAAUCAACAGAGAGAAUUUAGUUACUGCUAGCAUGUUCUUUCAGCUGCCAACACAGAUUUUUACUGACAGCCAUCCUUGAGGGAAACGUCUAAAGAUGAGGAAUUGAGUGCUGGAUCCUGAAUUAGUUAUCCCAAGCCCAACUUAUUUAGAAAUCUUGAAGAUUAAUUGUGAGAAAUAUACUGUCGUUGUUGGGCACAAAAUUGGAGAAAUUGAUGAAAUCAAAAUUGAAAAAUAGAAAACCAACUAGAACUCAUAAAGAGAUUUAUAAGUUAGAUUUUAACUCCAGUUUCAAAGAAGAGAAGCACAUCAGAUCAAUUUCUAAUUUGAUUCAGUACCUUUCAUGAGGGAAUGAUAAGAAUAAUCAAGAAUUUCUUGUGGUGGCAGGCCUUUAUAAUGGAGCAAUUGCUUUAAUAGAUCUUUCUAUCGAGUCAAAAAGAACUUACCUUUAUCCGAGUCACAUGAUUAUAAUCCCUUCAAUUAGAGGAGAGACAACUUGCACACAUGUUGUUAAAGAUUCAAGUCAAAUCUUAGUUGCCUAUCAAUGAGAUUAUCUCCGCAAAAAUUCUGGAUUUAAUGUGAUUGCUUCAGUAACUCUUGACCGAAAGAUAGAUAAGCAUUUGCACCAAGUUGUUCCUGACUUUAGGAUCAAUGGGCACCAGAGUAAGGUUAUCUGAAUGAGUGCGAGCAACAACAUAUUUGCUUCUCUUGACCAAACAAACAUGCUAUUAAUACAUUCAUUAUACAACGGCCAGACUUUGAAUUAUAUAAAGCUAGAUAGCCCUCUGGAUGGGGAUCUCACUCUUCAUCAUGAUACUCUGAAAAUUCAUUCUAUUUACUGAAAUAACUACUAUGUGACAGUCUGAGGAACCUCUAUGCACGAAUGAAAAAUUAGCUUUAUCCAGUCAGUAGGAAUAAAUGGGGACUUCCUAGGCUAUCCCAUUAAAGGGAAAUUUCAUAUAAUCGAUGUGGUUGGGGAUAGUCUCAAAGUCAAAAACAGCGGGAAAGAUGACAAGUAUCUCAAUUGUCUCGACGGUAAAGCUGAGGAAUGGUACGAGGAAGGAUCACAUGCAGACAGAGAAUCCCAAUAUGAUCCAAUAAAUCGUAUAUAUUUCCUGAAAUAAAUCCAAUUUAAUA